AUGGUGACUUCACCAGCAUCUUCAUCUUCAUCAAAGGCAUCAGAUUCAGCAGGAUGCACUCCUGUUGUGAAAUGUACAAUAGAAACUAUAAAUUAUCAGCAUAUUGAUAUUUCUUCAGUGACAGAGUUGCAUGCAGCACCACGUCAUUUGGAACAAGGUAUAGACUCUGAAUCUGUGAGUGUUCUAGAUAUGGUAUCAUUCUCAGAGCCAUCUUCACAGUCACAGGAGACCUCAAACAGUCAGAAGAGCUUGGAAGGAGAAAGUCAAAAGUCGUCUAGUCCUGCAGUUAUUGAGUGGAAGUUUUUCAAGUCGAAGAAAUCCUUGCCUCAAGCCUCAGACGUGCAGAAGAGGAUCUUUGCUAGCAGUCCACAGAAGCUUUCAGCCAAGGCAAGCUAUAAUAUGCGUUCAUGGAACAGUGAGCACAAUGAAGAGACUGAGGAGAAGACAGCAACUGUGAGAAAGAAGAAGAAGGCAGAUGAUGCUGAUGUAGUUAUAAUACAGAAGCCUGAAGAAGGACCAAAGCUGAAGCGAGAAAUGCACUGGCCUGUGGGAGAACAUGAUGAGGCAUACACGACACUUACAGUCAGCAAAAGCCACAAAGAGUUGUAUACAGUGAUUCAGAAUGUGAGACAGACACAUGAAGUCCAGGAGCUGGGAGAGACCCAUGAUUUUAUCAAGGAGAUUGAUUAUCUCUUAGACAGUUUAAAGGAGACCAACUCUAAUACUAUUCGUUGUCUGAGUUGCCUUCAACUGGCCAGCAAAUGCAUCUCACCAGCUUUUCGCAUGCACAUGAGAGUUCAUGGAACCAUCAGUAGAAUCUUCAACCUUCUGGAAGAUGCUUGUUCAGAUCCAAACUUGGCCCUGAGCACUGCCGCCUUAAUGUUUGUGUUGAGUCGGGACCGACUCAGCAUGGAUCUUGACCAUCACAGUCUCAGCCUCAUGCUCAAACUCAAUGAGAACGAUGCUGGCGAUGUUACAGCACUGGGUGUGACCAGCCUGCAAGGGCUUGAAAGAACUCGGCAGAAGGUAAUGGAGCUACUUGGGUUGUUGCAGGAAACAUAUUCUCGAGAGGUGGAUCUGGAUUUUGUCUCAACAAGUAGUUUGGCACUAGAGUCGUUACUGAGUUUGACCUCAAGACGGGCUGGAGAAGGGUUUAAGGAAGAGCUGAGAUCUAUUGGUGGCUUAGACCAUAUUGUGGAUUCUGUGAGAUUCUGUGAGAAGAAUUUGCCGGAAGAUUUAUCAGGGAAUAUCCAGAAGUCACUUUCUGUCUUGAGGAAACUUAUUCGCUGCCUCAGGGUCUUAGAAAAUAUCAGUUACAUGAACUCUGAGAACCAGAAUUACUUGCUGUCAUACAGAAACUCUGUAUUGCUACAGUCUUGUAGCAGAAUAUUGCGACUUUGUCAGUUAUGUUUGCCUGCUUUCAAGUUGCCAGAAAAUCUAGACAGCAAGGCAGUGAAGGAUUUGCCUGGCCAUUCGGUUCUGUCCUGUAUGUUAAUUGUUCUCAGGGUAAUGAUCAACAUAACACAUAGCACUGUUUUGGUUCAACUUUCAGGACCAGCCAGCCUUGAGGUGGGGCCACUAAUGGAGACUGUUGUCAUCUGUUUGACUGCGACCAUCUCAUGUGUCCCAGUAGAGCAGAGAUUUGACCUGGCUGUACAAUGUCUGGUUCUUUUGACAAACCUCGUUGAACACCACGAGGGAAAUCGGCAAAUGUUCAUGGAAAUGAGAAUCCCAGUCAGCCAGGCACAAAGGUCACUGGCCAGAACCAGAAUUAUGAGCGCUGUCAGUGCAGUUGUUAAACUGUUUGUUCAAAGGGAGCAGGCUGCUCGAGAAAUGGAGGAAGAAAUUGGAGGCAUUUCAGAUUCUCCAGCCUCACCUUCAUUCAGCCUCACUGGAAAGCAGAAGGAUGCAGCCAGCAAUGUUCGGCAGGCAUCUGGCAAACAGAAUAAGGUGAAGAAAAAGCAGAACCUCCCCAAGACAUCAACUUGUAGUAUACCCACAGAGGAAAGUGUUGGAGAACAUCAAGAAAACCAGAGCAUUCUAGAAGAUUGCGAAGAAACAUUUACUAAAG